GAUCCAGUGUCUCUGACGCGUUGUCAGGAAUUCAUACAAGUGCGUAUUUCCAUCAUCAUACCCGUAUCACAGGCAGGUCUAUCAACAUGGGGAACCCCAAAGUUUUCUUUGACAUCACCAUUGAUGGAGCCAACGCUGGCAGGAUUAUAAUGGAGCUCCGGGCUGAUGUGGUCCCAAAGACUGCAGAAAAUUUCCGUGCUUUGUGCACCGGGGAGAAGGGUUUUGGCUACAAGGGCUCCACGUUCCACCGUCUCAUCCCUAAAUUCAUGUGCCAGGGAGGGGACUUCACCAAUCACAAUGGAACUGGAGGCAAAUCCAUCUACGGGGAGAAGUUUGCAGAUGAGAACUUCCAGCUGAAGCACACAGGCCCGGGCAUCCUGUCCAUGGCUAAUGCCGGGCCCAACACCAACGGAUCCCAGUUCUUCCUCUGCACAGAAAAAACUGACUGGCUGAACGGCAAGCACGUGGUGUUUGGCUGCGUUGUGGAGGGCAUGGAUGUUGUCAAGGCGAUGGAGAAGCAAGGCACGAAGAGCGGCACUCCUAAAGCCAAGGUUGUCAUCGCCGACUGUGGGGAAUUAAACUAGAGCGACGAGGCUCCUUCAGCUGGGAUGUAUCCUCUACCGUCCACAGCCCAGUUAAUCUCUGAGAUAGUCGUGUAUAUCUGCUCCAUCCGUAGAGAACCCCCCAGUUAACCCUGCUUCCUCCUCCGAAAAUGUCCGUCUCCUGCGUUGAUAUUCGUUGUGUAAUAUUUUGUACCUUCUAAUUUGUUCCUUGAGGACCACGUUUGUUAACAAAAUCUGAAUGAAAUGAUCUCGAUGUUGUAAAUAAAACAACUUGAAAGCUUA